AUGAUUGGUAUUUUGAAUACUGGUGGCGAAUAUAGUGAAUUUUACGCUGUCAAUCCUGAAACAACAUCGCAUACCAUAUUCACUGGAACGGGAAGAAAACCAAAAAUUACCUAUUCAAAAGGUGGACGAGUUUUCAUCAACGGAGAACCACAGCUAAAAACUAAUCCAAAGGAGCUGUGGGAUAACUUACUAACGCGAGCAAUUUCAAAUUCGGCAAUUGUUUCAACACUAAAAGCAUCUGGACUGGACCCGAAACUUGUUACCAAUGCAACAGGCGAAAUCAUGGAUUUACGCAAAGUUAACAGUGAGGCCAGUCUUCCUGAACUUGUAGCACCACCCAGCAAAGAAAGCAAAAACCUUAUAAAAUCGUUGAAAAUCUUCAAGCGACAUCGCAGAAGCAGUUCCUGUUAA